CUCAGCUCUCAGGGGCUACAGAGAAGAAGGUUUCCUCAGCAGCCAUCAUCUCCAGGCAGCUGGAGAGUCUGGCAGCACAAUCUUAAACCACUCGGUGCUGAAAUCCCUGCUCCGCACUGAGGAAUCCCUGCUCUGAGGAAUGCAUACUCUGUACACAGAACUGCCUACACACCUUGAAAAACAGCUCUGUGUACAGAAUCCUCCGGUCCGCGGAAAGAACUGUCUGAAGUUCCAUGUUAAAAAAAGAAGUAAUUGUUUUGUCAAACUGCAAACUACAGUGGAGUUGGAAUGGAUUACUAUGUUGGAUUGAGAAACCACAGUGAUAACCUGGAAGAUUAUACAUAUGAUGACAUUGAAGAGCUUUGUGAGACAGUGAAUAACCACAGAUUGGAACAGGUUGUUAGACCAUAUGUGCAUUCUGCCAUUUGCAUCGCAGGUCUGCUGGGAAACAUCCUGGUAAUCAUCACAUACGCCUUUUAUAAGAGGGCCAAGUCCAUGACGGACAUGUAUCUACUCAAUGUGGCCUUCUCUGAUGUGCUUUUUGUAGUGACUCUCCCAUUGAUCAUCUACAAUGAAGAGUAUAACUGGUCCAUGGGCACAUGGGCUUGCAAACUGCUUCGCAGCAUCUACAGCGUCAACCUUUACAGCGGGAUGUUGCUGCUGGCCUGCAUCAGCGCCGACCGGUACAUCGCCAUCGUCCAGGCCCGGAAGUCUUUAAGGAUCCGCUCACAGGCCCUGGUCUACAGUCGGGUCAUCUGCAUCGCUGUCUGGGUGCUAGCCCUUGGAUUGUCCAUCCCCACCUUCGUUUACUAUGAGACCUACGGAUAUAAAUACCAAUACAUUGACUUCAACUUCAACCUCAACAAGACCAGUGCUGAUGAGGAUACCUUGGAUGGCCAGAAAGUGUGCUACUUCAGGUUUGAGGGGAAUGGGAACGCACAGCUCAUGAAGGUCCUGGUCCCCAGCAUGCAAGUGGCUGUGGGCUUCUUUGUCCCCCUGCUGGUCAUGGGGUUCUGCUACUCCAGCAUCGUCACCACGCUCCUCCCUGCCCGCAACCGCCAGAGGCACAAGGCCGUGCGCAUCAUCAUGGCCGUGGUGGUGGUCUUCAUCGCCUGUCAUCUGCCUUAUAACAUCAGCCUCCUGUACUACACGGUGGCCCUGUUUAAGCAGAGGGAAUGUGGUGAGGAGGACACCUUGGCAAUGGUCCUGACCAUCACAGAGACCCUGGCUUACCUGCACAGCUGCCUGAACCCUGUGCUGUAUGCCUUUCUAGGGGUCAAGUUCAGGAACCACUUCUGCAAGAUCCUGGAAGACCUAUGGUGCAUGAUAAAGAGGUACAUGUGUUCUAGGUGCUCCUCUCGAUCUGAGUCUUGGUUUUCCAGGAGGUCCACUGAAGGUCCCAUUAAUAGAAAUAUGUCCUCUUUUACCAUGUAAAAUACGUCCUUCCUGAACAGUGUGUUACUGAUUACUGUAUUCACACAAAUUUGACUAUGUAUUCACCUGAAGAUGUGUUAAAUUUAUUCCACUCUUUGACUAGGAUUCAAUCGCCAUUUGUUGACAUGCAAUUAAAUGCAAAAGUUUUAUUUACAAAUAGAUUUUAGACCGCAAAUUUAACCACCAAACUGUUUGUGAGGGGAAAUCUAAUAAAGAUAAAGGAAAAAGAGAGAGUGUCACUGGUAAGCUUAAAUUCAGGAUUUAGAAUUUUAUCAAAAACAUUGGGCCUCAUGGAAGAACCAUUUGUAUGAACAGAUUUGUUUUAUAUUCCUCCUAUUUAUGAGUGGUAUAAGGUAGGAAAAACAUUCAUGAGUGGUUUUGACAUAACAAAGUGAAGUCAUGUAACAAAAGCCUUGCAGUGCAUUUCAGCAGUGUCACAUCCGUGCCCCUUUUCCAUUGUUUUUCCUUUUUUCUGUGUGUCGCUGUGCUUUACUCUGUACUCCCCAGUCUUGGCAUUUUCUGUUUCAUGCUCUGUGUUAGUGUCUCUUGUUUGCCUUGUCUCUUUGCUGGUUCGUCUUGGCUGUGUUCCGAGUUAUUUUCGUUCAACUCUGUUCUCGUCUCUGCUUCCCUGUCCAUUUUUUGGAUUUUCCUUUAGGCCUGCCUCUUCUGUAUUUCUACUCCCUUUGUGUACCUCAUGUUCUGUUUUUGGAUCUGCAGUCUGUUUUGCCUCGGACAACCUGUCAUCGACUUUGCCUGUUACUUGGAUUCGGAUUCUUGGAUUACGUUCUGUACAGUCGCUUGUUUGGACUGCCUUGCAAGUUUUGGACUUGCCUGUGAUA